UUGUACAAUAUCUCCAAUACCGCUUAGUCUGUACUUGGACUUUCCAUGCCCUUUAAACGCCGCGCAUGCUUCAUCGUUCCACAUGCUGUCAGAUGAUCCAAAAGGCGAGCCUGAUAGGUAUCAAUCUCGAGUAUUCGAAAGCCUCUCUCGUGUAAUUCUGUCUUGGAUUCCGACAGAAUGGUCGUCGCAUGCUGUCAAUUGUCGAUUCUAUGCUCACAUUCCUCUUCCACGGCCACGACCACCACGGCCGCCACCUCGGCCGCCGCGGCCCCUGGGACCUCCCCUGCCCCCUCCGCCGCGGCCGCCGCGAUCAGUUUCUUUCCUCGCCUUGUUCUUUGGUUUGGGCGCAUCGUCGAUUAG